AUGCAUUUAAUCCAGACGAUUCUUUUGAUACCUCUAAUUCUGGCAAAUGUCGGUAUUUCAACUACAAAUUGGUGGAAUUCUUCGGCCUCGUACCUACAUGCCAGGCGGCCAGUGAUUACGGUGAACAAUAAUGAUUUUCGGAUGACCGAGGGUGGUAAUUUAGACCCCUGGCUGCUAAGGAUCAUGUAUGAAAACGCCUUUAUUUGCGGAGCUUCCUACUAUAGUGAACAUUUCGCUCUGACUUCGGCAAACUGCAUGCAUGCUCAUAGAUCAUUAUUAAAGUCGCUUAGAGUGGAAUUCCUAACACCCGAUAUUCAACAGGAUAACCAGGAGGACUUGAACAAUCCUACCAUUGCCCUCAUCAGCGCCAUUAUCGUAUCGCGUGAUUGGCAUUGGCCCGAUACCUUUAUGGAUGUGGCUGUGAUAAAACUUAGCAACCGUCUGCGUGGCAAUAUGAAUAAUUUUGUGAAACUCUGUAGCAAUCCGUUGAGUUCCAACGACCGCCUAAACGUGGUGUCCUGUGGAGCUCAACUGACAGAAAAUGUUCGAACGGAAGAGGUCACCGUGGUCGACCGCAUGGAAUGCGAAUCGAAUUUCAGCAGUUCUAUUCUUGGUGAAACUGUCGCCUGUGCAAAGGAAUUUAAGACGACACCGGGCUGCAUGUUUAGCCCUGGAUGUCCUUUGACUUCAGGAGAUAAGCUUUGCGGAAUCGUCGCUUGGGGCCCUGCCUGCGAAUGGCCUGGUAUGCCCGGGAUAUUUACUGAUAUCCACAAAGUCAGAAGCUUCAUCCAGAAGGCGAUCAGUGGAAAAGGUAUAACCAACAAAAAGAAAUACAAGCAGGAAUCAGACAACGUUCCCGAGUGGCAUUCGGCCGUCUGGAUGACCCGCUAA